ACCUUGACCUGCUCCGGAAGUUGUGGAAUUUACAAAAUGGCUGCUUCUCCAAACACUUCUGCGGCAACACUCACGCCAAAGAAGAAAGAUGAAUCAUUCCUGGAUAAAAUAGGAACAUUAGCUAGAAAGAAGAAAGCGAAAGAAGUGACUGAGCUUCAAGAGGAGGGGAAAAAUGCCAUUGAAUCUCCAACCAGCCCAUCUGUCCCAGACAUUGGACCAGAAGGGUAUCUUCUUGGUGAGAAGGAAGAAAGAUCCAUGAUCGAGCCAGGAUCCCGAGAUGAUGCCAAGUUGAAUCAGCUGAUCAAGGUGCUGCUUGACUGGAUAAAUGAUGAGCUUGCAGAUCACCGUAUCAUUGUAAAGGAUAUUGAGGAAGACUUGUUUGAUGGCCAGAUUCUUCAAAAACUCAUUGAGAAGUUGUGCAGAAUCCGUGUAGAGGCUCCUGAAGUGACACAGUCAGAGAUUGGACAGAAGCAGAAGCUGAGAGUCGUCCUGGACUACAUUACCUCCAUCCUCAACCUACCACAGGGUUGGAACCAGCUGAAGUGGAGCGUCGACAGUAUCCACUCCAAGAACCUGGUAGCCAUCCUCCAUCUACUGGUAGCGUUAGCCAAGCACUUCAAGGCCCCGAUCAGGCUGCCCGACAAUGUCUCUGUCAUCCUCGUCAUUGUGCAGAAAAUAGACAACCAGUUGCAGACAAGGAGGGUUUACGAAGAAAUCACAGGAGCGAAUGAUGAAAUUGGGGCCAAAUUUGAACGUGAUGCUUUCGACACCCUGUUUGAUCAUGCUCCAGACAAGUUGAAUGUGGUUAAGAAGACUCUGGUCACGUUUGUUAAUAAGCAACUGAUGAAGGUGAACUUGGAGGUGAAUGACCUUGACACGCAGUUCCACGACGGAGUGUACCUUGUGCUGCUGAUGGGGCUCCUGGAGGGCUACUUUGUCCCACUGCAUGACUUCCACCUCACGCCAACUGACUUUGAUCAGAAGGUUCACAAUGUGACAUUUGCUUUUGAGCUGAUGCAUGAAGCAGGGCUACCAAAGAACAAGGCAAGACUCCCAAGACCUGAAGAUGUUGUCAACCUUGACCUCAAGUCGACAUUAAGAGUGCUGUACAAUGUGUUCACCAAGUACAAAGACGGCGGCAGUGUCAGCAUGUAGAUUCACAACAUCGUCAUUGACAUCAGUCUGCAUGUGCCAACACCAUCAGCUACAACUGCCACAGUGUGUUACAGGACUAUUUCUUGCAUAGACAACUUCAGUCUUCCUACAACAUACCACUACUGGGAGAAUAACAACUCUCACCCUCAUGUACCCUGGGAAAACAGGACUCUCUCCUUCACAGGAUCAAGUUUGACUGAAGAACCAUCAUUGUGUGAAGAAUUAGUCUGUAAUUCUAUCAUCCUACAUCUUAAGUUCAAUUGACAUGGCUAUUGAAGAUUGCAAUGCAUCAAGCAUUAAGAACAAAUGCAUUUAGUUGGUGUUACUUAUACCUGUCUAGUAUAAUCAUCAUCAUAAAUAAACUGCAUCUAGUUGGUGUUACUAAUGCUUGUCUAGUACCAUCAUCAUCAUAAAAAAACUGCAUCUAGUUGGUGUUACUAAUGCUUGUCUAGUAUACCAUCAUCAUCUCAUGAUCAUAUUGUAAAAAGAGGUC